CAGAAAAUGAUGGGAUAAGAAUGACGAAGAUCAAGCUUCAUAAUGAUCUUAUAUCAAACUACGGACCUACAACCAUCCCACCUUACACUAAUAAUUCAUCCUCUGUCAACGUCAAAAUGCGUAUGCUCGUCGACCACAUCGUACAAUUCGAUGAACCUAAUCAACAAGUAACACUCUACUCUGCUAUUAAAAUGAUAUGGCGAGACGAUCAUCUAUCGUGGAAUAGGAGUGACUAUCCCGAUGUUGCAUUCCUAGAGGUGGAUGUUGGACAGAUUUGGAGUCCAACUGUUACAUUGUUGACAAGCAACAGUCCUGAUUUCUUACUUCUGAAUCAUCGUCAAGUAGAAAUAUCUUCUGACGGAACCGUUUCUUGGCUUUCACCGGCAGUCAUCACCAGCACCUGUCUGUUCGACGUUACGCUGUUUCCUUUCGACGUCCAGAAAUGUGUCUUUCAAUUCGGACCCUGGGCAAGUCCUCAUAACGAAGAGGAUCUUGACUUCUUUUUUGACCAGAACGAGACAACCAUCGAUCGCUAUCGUGAAAACGGCGUAUGGGAGAUCGUCAAAGACACGGUUAAAAAAGAAUGCGUCACCUACAGCACGCAUGAAGAACCCUUUGCCGAGAUACAUUACCACAUCACAUUCAGGAGGAAAUCAAAGGUCUACGUCCUGGGUAUUGUUAUCCCGUCCGUCUUACUCUCUGUAUCCACCAUGGUAAUAUUUUUACUGCCUCCAGAGUCUGGAGAGAAGAUCUCAUUUGGUAUCACCAACCUUCUAGCCAUGGUCCUCUUCCAGGAAACUGUACAAACUGCCAUGCCACCGACAGGUUCUCCCAUCAUAGCUAAUUACAUCUGUGUGAUGGUAAUUAUCGCCUGUACAUCGAUAAUAAUCGAAGCGAUUGUCUUGAGGAUGUACAACGUUGGCAACGCGAGAGACGUACCAAGAUGGGUUGAACGUGCGUUCCUUCGAAAAUCCCAGAUAUUAUCAACAACAGAUCCAGUACCCAAACGGAAUCAUGGAUCUACUGUCAUCCACCCUGAUGAUGAGCACGGAAAGCAGCUUCGUGAUUGCGAUGACAAGCACCAGAGUUCUAACACCGACGGUAAAUUGGAAAAUGCAGAAUUAUGGAAGAUGGUGGCAUUAUCACUCGAGACGAAAGCAGCGCUCGUAACACUUUGUGGGAUUGCGGGGAAUAUUGCCUUCACUGCUCUACAUGUAACCAUACUUUACGCUACUCAAUGAUUAAGCCCAUCGUAAUUGGCAAGUCUAAAAAUAAUAAAAUGUAAUAGCUGAAAUUAAUAUUUUACAUGUUGGUUUCAUAAUAGAUUGAAAAAUUGUGUGUGGCAUCACCAGCUCCCUCAUUUGCACACCCCUUUCACACUCUAAAUUGUGUGGACUUAAUAUAAAAUACAUCGACAUGAACUGUAGUUGGGCGCCAAUCGAAAUCAUACUUUAAUUCGAAUUCCAAAAAUUUAUUCUCAAAAUGAAAUCCAAAAUUCGAUUGGUCCUCAUCGAGUCCAUCUGGGUUCAUUUCUAAUCGAUGAACGAUACUGCUUCGUGAACAUGGUGAAAAUAAUAUAUAAAAUGCUAUAAUUUUGCACCCGAUUUAUAUGGAAUUCUUAGUGUUAUUCUAAUGUUAUUAUACACCUUUUUGUCUCAAUCAUAUCAACCUUUUGGAUGGAUUUUGCCUUAAAUGUUUGGAAACAUGAAACAUUGGAUUUUGUUUGACGCGAUGCAUAACCGAUUGGUUAUCGUGGUUAUAUUGAGCCAUCUAACUAGUUGGCGGAAGCAGCGCUGUCGAAUUGUGUGUUGCUGCCCUCUACGUUCGUUUAUUUAAAGGAACAUCGGUUGUGACUGUGAAUUUCUGAUCCAAUAAAAGGUAGAAUGUAUCUUAUUUUAUACAUUUGUAAGUCUUAGGUAGGUUGGUCAGUGUGGUAUACCUCCAUGAACCGGUUUCUGUUGAAGUAACUCCCUUACUCUGCAAAAACUCCGGUGUUGAUUUACCACCUUGCCCGGAAUCUGCUUGCUCACAGGCAUUCGUGCUUUCUUAGCAGUCAGGUAAAACAACCUCGGUAUAUAUAGGGCCUUGACAGCGGCCCUCUUCGUUCGUUGGUUUUAUACUACCAUCCAUUGGAUGAACUUAUAAAUCAUUUAAGAUUAAACUAGUCUGUUGAUG